AUGGAUUCGCUUGACUUGUUCCACAUCCGUCAAAAGUAUUAUCUCGGAUCCUAUCAGCCUUUGCAGGCGGCAGAUUUGCCAGACAAACUAUCACCAGAUUACCGUCCGACGCUCCUCUUCAAAGCCCGAGCACUUGUCAAGUCAGAUCCUGAUGGAGCGAUAGCAUUGCUGCCCAAAGACGACGUGUCCUUGCCCGCGCGAAGUGUUCGCUCGCUCGCCUCGUAUUUCAAAGCCUCGCAAGCAGAAGACGAUGGAGCAAAAGAUAAAUCUCUCGAUGAGCUUCGAGAUCUAUGCGUCGAGGUUGAAGGAGAGGAAGUUGAGGACGAAGAAAAAGGAUUAGUGCGAUCUAUCGCUGCGGCUGCAUUCGUUUACGAGGGAGAGAACGAAGAAGCAUUAGAGACCCUGGAAGCGGGGACAUCGACGCGCAAUUUGGAAGGAAUCGCAUUGACAGUGCAGCUCUAUCUAUCCAUGAACCGAAUAGAUCUCGCGCAAAAGGAAUUUGAGAGGGCGAAAUCGUGGGCGGAGGACGAUAUGCUGCUCCAAUUGAUCGAGGCUACUCUGAGCCUUGCAUCGGGAGCAAACAGCUACGCAAACCCACAUUCCUUCUACAACGAGCAAGCCCAUAACCCCUCUCUCGCCUCGAGUCACCUUUUGGCCGCUAGUGGGCUCACGCACCUCCUCCGUGGAGAACACCCAGAGGCACACUCCAGCUUUGCAGAAGCACUGAGACUGAACCCAAAAGAAGGCACAGCCUUGGCUGGUAAGGCGAUAGCGGAAUGGCUGAUGGGAGAGACCUCAAAGGCAGAAGCCUCAUUUGCUGAACUCGAGGAAAAGGAUCCACAAUAUCCCAUGGUGAAGGAGCUAUCAGAAAAGAGCGACCUCUUCGAUGCAUUGGCGACUAAUUAUAAAGUCCCUACUCUUGCUACGGCAUGA